GCCUGCGCAAAGCAAACUGAAAACGACUUAAAAGUACAGCGCGGCGCACCGCUAACGUGGAGACUUCGCACAGUGCACCGCUUACACCUCCUCGACCGAUAACCGCCGCGCGCGGCGCUUGCGCGCCUCGCGCGCGCGAGUUACAAGCCCUGCGACUCAAACCGCACUUUGUGGCUUUUUGAGCCGACGGGCGGCGCGCGCGCCCGCGGGGAGCGCAGCGCGGCAUCCGCGCAGCCCCUGGAGCGCCGCUGCUGCGCCCGCGCGCGCCGCGCCGCCGCGGCCGCAAAAUUCUUGCGCCGUGACGGCGAACUGUCAAAGAAGGCGUGCACAGGAACGCGACCGCGGCGCCGCGCAGCCGGCCGCGCCGCCUCCCAAGCCCUCUUGGAUCGCAGCGCGGCGGCGCGGCGGGUCUCGCGACCGCACACACACCAAAACCCCACACACCGCUCGCUUUUCGAAGUACCCUCACCGAACGCGCGCCCCACCGCAGCUAACUCACCUACUCAACCAUGUCUGGCAAAGGAGGCAAAGGCGGCAAGGGCGGCAAGGGCGGCAAGGCCCCCACGUCCAAGAAGGCGCCCCAGACCAAGUCGCUCAAGGCGGGCCUCCAGUUCCCGGUCGGUCGGCUCCACCGCUUCCUCAAGCUCCGCGUGACGGCCUCGCAGCGCGUCGGCGCGACGGCCGCCGUGUACACGGCCGCCAUCCUCGAGUACCUCACGGCCGAGGUGCUCGAGCUCGCGGGCAACGCGUGCAAGGACCUCAAGAUGAAGCGCAUCACGCCGCGCCACCUCCAGCUCGCCAUCCGCGGCGACGAGGAGCUCGACACGCUCAUCAAGGCCACGAUCGCGGGCGGCGGCGUGAUCCCGCACAUCCACAAGUCGCUGAUCAACAAGACGUCCAAGAAGAAGAAGGCGGCCUAAGUCCGCGGUGGCGUUGGCGCUCACGCGCUACGUCCUCGCCCGCCCGUUCUUUCUCGGCGGUCGGGGCGCGGGUGGCGACCUGCCCUGUGCAGUGCGCGCCGCCGGCCCCUCUCGUCGAAAGUCCUCUCCACAUCCCGCGUAAAUACUUUAUAAACUA